AUGCAGCCUAUCAUCGCCCCUGAGCGCCGCGGCAAACAGCAGCCAAUCUCGACUGUACAUGCCUCGUCCAUCUUUGGGAGCGGUGACAUCCCUCUCGACAAGGUGCCUCACAUCUAUGGUGGCAAGCGCGCGGGCACAGCUCUUCACAUUGUCGUUGUCGGCGCCGGUCUUGGUGGUCUCGCUGCCGUACACACACUUGCUCAAGCCGGCCACCGCGUCACCCUCCUCGAAUCCGCAUCUAAGCUGGGCGACGUCGGCGCAGGCAUCCAGGUCUCACCAAACUCAUCCCGGCUGCUGUUCCGAUGGGGCCUUAAAUCGGCCAUUGCAGCCUCUGCUGUCAAGCCGAAUGCGAUCGUCUUCAACCGUUACAACACCGGCGAACGUGUCGGAUAUACGCGAUGGGGCGAUCUCAUGGAAGACCAGUACGGCGCACCUUACCUCCACGUUCACCGCGCCGAUUACCACGCGAUGCUCCUACGUCUUGCAAAGGAUGCGCCUGGGGUCACUGUCCGCCUGGGUGCCACCGUCGUCGACAUCCAGCCUGACCCCGACGUCGCCGAAGGUCCGAGCGUGACCCUUGCCAACGGUGAUGUGGUGCACGCAGAUCUGAUCGUAGGCGCGGAUGGCGUCAAGAGCCGUGUACAGGCGGCUGUAGUUGGAUACAGUAGCGAGCCUCAGCCUACAGGCGAUGCUGCCUACCGCGCGACCAUCCCUACAGAGCUGAUGCUCAAAGAUCCGGAUCUCCGUCGGUUCGUCGAGGAGCCCAACAUGACUGCGUGGAUGGGACCCCGGCGCCAUAUGAUGGCCUACAACAUUCGCGAAAAGAAGGAAUUCAACCUUGUUCUUAUCAUUCCUGACGACGGGUCUGUUGAGGCAUGGGACGUGGAAGGGUCAGCAGACAAGAUGCGGGAGGACUACUCCGACUUUGAGCCUCGAGUCGGCAAACUCCUCUCCUACGUGAAGUCUACUCUCAAGUGGCGCCUGUGCGACCGUAAGCCGCUCCCAACAUGGGUUCAUCCGAAGGGGCGCAUAGUCCUUCUGGGCGAUGCCUGCCACCCGAUGCUGCCCUACCGCGCUCAAGGAGCAGCAAUGGCGAUCGAGGACGCGGCUGUGCUUGGAGGUCUUUUCGCGAACUUGACGCAUGUGGACCAAGUCCCUACGCUCUUGCACGCGUACCAAGAACUCCGGUACACGCGAUGCACGGAGGCGCAGCUAUCUUCUCGCCUGAACCAGCACAUAUUCCACCUUUCUGACGGCCCCGAGCAGGAAGCUCGCGACGAGAGCAUGCGCAAGGCGAUGGCGAAUGAGGCAAUCUAUCCUGCACCGGCGCGCCUGCCCGAGAGUUCCGGCUUGGGCAGUGCCAACCAAUGGGCCGACCGUUCGAAGAACAUCGAAGCGUUUGGAUACGACGCCGACAAGGCGGCGCAGGAGUGGUGGAACGAGCACGCCGAAGAGGUUCUGGCUAUCGGGUCGAACUCACAGUCAGACGUAUGGGCAGGCACCUCGAAGCUGUAA